AUGACGGACGAACUGUUUGCAGUCGCUUACAACGUCGCGGCCUCGCGCGAGAAGGGCAGCGCUCCUAAGUCAUAUCCCUAUCCUCCUCGAGACUCGGUGGUCAGUCGUAAGCCUCCCCCAGGUCCGUGUCGAGCGUGCGGCAGCCGGAAGCACUGGAAUCGCGACUGUCCGCACUGGUCGCAGUUCCUGAGCCAGCAGAAGAAGGAAGGCUUCCUCGUUGAUUCGGACCCGGAGGGGGAGCGAGCGUAUAAUGCAGCCUACUCCGUCAUGAUGCAGGGUUUUGAGAGGGCGGCUUCGGAAACCUCGCAGGACCCUGCGAGCGAGGAGCGUAAGACCCAGGAGGAAGUGGAGGAUCAGCAGCCCGCGUACGAGAUCCGCCACCAGAGUUUUGCUGUAACGGUCGAAGAGGUCGGCGAGGAGUACUGGUAUCGAGGGGAGAUGUUGCCGGUCGACUCUCCUCACGUGCUGGAACACAUAGACGAAGUGGAGGAAUCCCCGCCAGCGCGCCGUGGUGUGGUGGAGGAAAAGCGUAGCGAAUCAGUUCACGUCGUGUACGUGUCGGAGCCAUCGCCGGAGCCUACGGAUAGGCCGCCAGAUCAAGGGAAGCAGCUUCCCGAACCAAAGCCGUACGAGCCGCCCAAAGUCAGGCUGAUAGCGAGGAAGAAUGUCAAGUCGCUCGACGGUAAAGGAACCUCCGUAUUGUGCGUGUUCGGAUUCCUAGGGUCGGAGGGCGAAGUUCGGGUCCUCCUACGAGUCGACUCCUGCGCUAGUCUCUCCCUGUUGUCGGGCGCUACGUACGACGCGAUGAAAAAUCCACCCCCGCUCAAACAAGGAGCGAAGAUGCGGUUGUGGCAGCUGACUGACAAGUCGGUCAAAAUCAGAGGCUACGUCCAGAUGCCGAUACUCAUGCGCACCAAUGACGGAACAUUGCUCGAGGCGGAUGCCGACCUCUACGUGGUAGACGGGAUGACCGUUCCUAUACUCCUGGGCGAGGACUUCCAGCAGAAGUACGAGCUGUCAGUCAAUCGCAGCCUGGAGGAAGGCACCACUCUCACCUUCGGACAACAUCCUUCGCCCAUUACCGCUCAUGGCACCCAAAGAACCUCGGACUAUGACGAGGUCGAGCGCGCAUACACGUCCGACCGCACCCUACGGGCUCUGAAAAGGACCGUCCUUCGCCCGGAGACGGUUGCCAACAUUCCCGUCUCGGGUCCCUUUGACGAGCCGGGCGAUUGGAUAGUCGAGAGAAGCCUGCUCACCUCCGGGGAGCAGCAACCCUUUGCCGUACCAAACACGCUGCUUUCUUCGUCGAAGCCCCGACUACCCGUCGCCAACCUGUCGACCACACCUCGCGUCAUUCAAGAGGGGGAAGCGUUAGCCAUAUUAGAAAGAGCGGACGAGUUCUUCGACAAACCAAGGGACGAACAGGACUUACAGCAGCGCUGCUCCCACGCAACCUUCCUCAAGAACGCGGGCGCGGCCAUGCAUCAACCGGGAGUCAGCAAAGACGACCGCGAGAGAGACAAGGCACGAGCAAUGCGGUCCUAA